GUGUUUUCAGAAGCGUUCGCCAACAUAUUAAACAGGAAAAAGAACACAAGAAUCAAUCCUGGUUGAAUGUUGAAUCGACUCGAAAUCCAACCAUGGCGGAGGCGGUAAACGAGGCGGCGAAACGGACGCCGGGGCUCAUGCCAUGGAGGAGCUUAGAGGGCAAGGUCGUCAUGGUGACCGGCGCGUCCUCCGGCAUCGGCCGAGACCUGUGCCUCGACCUCGCGAAGGCCGGUUGCCGGGUCAUCGCGGCAGCGCGGCGGACCGACCGAUUGAGGUCCCUCUGCGAGGAGAUCAACGGAUCCGGAGCGUCGGAGCCAUCCGCCGUCCGAUCGGUGGCGGUCGAACUCGAUGUGAGCGCGGAUGAACCGGCCAUCGCCGCCUCCGUGCAGAGGGCGUGGGAUGCGUUUGGCCGGAUCGAUGGGUUGGUGAAUAAUGCCGGAGUUCGAGGUGAUGUGCACUCACCAUUAGAUUGGUCCGAGGAGGAGUGGAGUAGCAAUAUCAGAACAAAUUUGACUGGAUUGUGGCUGGUUUCCAAACAUGUCUGCAAACACAUGCGUGAUGCAAAACAGAAAGGAUCCGUGAUCAAUAUAUCAUCUAUUGGUGGCAUUGAACGUGGCCAGUUACCUGGUGGGCUUGCUUAUGUUGCAUCAAAGACAGGUGUUAACGCAGUUACUAAGGUGAUGGCAUUGGAGCUGGGUGCUUUUAACAUUCGUGUGAACUCCAUAGCGCCUGGACUGUUCAAGUCCGAGAUAACUGAUGGCCUGAUGAAGAGAGAAUGGCUGAACAAGGUGGCUGAAAGAACAGUUCCACUAAGAACAUAUGGCACAUUAGAUCCAGCAUUGACAUCAAUUGUUCGUUUCCUGAUGCAUGACUCCUCGGCAUAUGUUUCCGGCAACAUUUUCGUUGUCGACGCAGGUGUCACUCUGCCGGGGAUCCCCCUUUUCUCUUCCCUCUGAUACUAAUUCUUGUUGAUGCUUUCUUGAUUCCAGGAUUUUUUUUUUCCUUU